AUGAAUGAGGGUUUGUUGGAUAUAAUUCAGUCGUGGCUUUUAAAUUCCCCAUCGCAUGGUAUUCGUCGAAUUGGCCGAGCCAGAACGUUAUCAACUCGACUUUUUUGGCUGGUGACUUUUUGCACACUAACGAUCCUUAUGGGAAUUUUUAUUUCUUCAAUAAUUACUAAAUUUGUUACCUAUCCGACCAAGAUACAUCUAAGCAUCAAGCACGAUCUGCUGCCUUCGGAUUAUCCAUCGGUUACUUUUUGUAAUGUCAAUGUAUUGGAAGAUGAGAUCUUUCGAAUAGACACUCGACAAUCUCCAACCCCCAACGACGAAAUAAUCAAUGGAACUAUGUACCAAAAACUUGUUUCGAAUUAUCUUAACCGAAUUCUGACGCAGCAAGUCGAUACUCAAUCGAAAAUAUUCGUUCCACAAACGUCACAUAUAAAUGAAUCUCUCACUCAAUGUAUCUUCAAUCAACAUCUCUGCUAUCGAAAUCUUACGCAACUAUUUCAUCCAACUUAUGGCAAUUGCUACACGUUCGAUAAUGUUCAUCAUGUGCAACCUGAAGCAACAACUGAUCUACCUCAUUAUUGGCUACUCGAUGAUUUCAAUGGUGAUAAUGAUUAUCGGUUAUUUCUUGAAUUAUUUCUGCAUCCGACGGAUGAUCCGAAUGAAUCGGAUACUCGAGGUGGUUAUCGGGUGUUUAUCCAUCGAAAGUAUGAAUUACCUAUUCUAUCUCAAAACAGCGUUCUUCUGCGUCCGAAUAAAUACACAAAAUUAAGUUUUUCUCAACGAACUAUGUCGUUCUCGCAAGAAUGUCGAAACGACUUAACCGAGCACAUGAAAAACAUUUUCCAAACGCAUAAAGUACGAUAUAGUCAAGCGUUGUGCUAUAAACUCUGCGAACAACAGUACAUUGAACAACAGUGUCAAUGUAUCGAACCGACCUUAGUUGUUUUCUAUCAUUUCUUCAAUCGUAUCAAUGAAACUUCUCCAAUCUUAACCAAUAAACGGAUGUGCUCACUUGAAAAUACAUGUUUUCGUCUGCAAAUUGAUUUCGAUUCGAGAAAACUGUGUCCAGAAUGUUUACCGGAAUGUGAAAUCAUUCAAUACUCUAUUCAAUCAUCGCAUGCAGACUAUCCGAAUCGAAAUUCCUACGAGAAAGUUUUCCACCGACUUGAACAACAUUUUCGUCUCACUCAAAACCAACAACAAUCUCAACGACUCAACAUUAGUCACCCCUCUAUGUUACGCGAUCAUAUUGUUGCUGUUGAAAUCUCCGCAAGCCCUUAUCCGACGGAAAUCCUCACCGAAUCUCCUGUUUACACAUGGAUUGAUGUUAUCUCGAGUAUCGGAGGACAAACAGGUCUAUGGAUCGGUAUAAGUCUAAUUGGUUUCAUCGAAAUUCUCGAGUUGCUCUAUGUCGUGAUAAAUCGUUUCUAUACGCGCAUUUUCUCUCGAAAAGGCAAAUAA